AUGCUCCUCACUCAGUUGCAAUGCUACCAGCCGCCAUGGAUAUGCUCUAUUCUCCAUUUCGCGUUGCCCUAUCGUUCUACUUCCCAUCCGUUUCUCAAGAGGGACUUGAUGAACAAGAAACCGAUGGCGAAGCAGUUCAUGUGGAUCCAAACCUCAGCUUUUGGUCCGAAUUAUCAUAGGAUAUGCAGCAGUGGUGGGUGCCAGGAAGCGAGCGUGCAAAGAAGAGGGGACGAGUGGGAUUCUGUGUUAGAUAAUGGUGUGUUAGAUGCCUCAAGUAUUAGGUUAUUCAAUAUGAAGCAAAUUGGCAGUGCACAAGUAACACAAAUUGGCAGUGCACAGGAAUUCUGGACGAAGCUCUUGGUUGGAUCUGCUUUAUUCUGUUUCAUGUCAAACCUGAGACAGUUGAAGUCGUUCAGUCUACUGAUAAAGAUGUUCCACGACUCGGUUCCUUCUUUCCUUUGGGAACUUGGAGGAGCAACCUCACCUUUUGCUUGCAUGUCUAACUCCUUGACCAAGCCAACCCCUUUGGGGUUGGAUGUGUCAUUGCCAUCAUUUCAAGAUGUUAAGUGGAGCUUAGCGCGCUUAAUAUAUUUGUUCAACAUCCGGCUGGAAAGAAACAUAGCAACGUUCCUCGUAGCGUUGCUUGCGGCUUGCUUCUCAUUCAUCAUUAUUGGCGGUCUACUGUUCUACAGGUUCAGGGGUAGAAAGCAGUCUCUGGAAGACUGCUUCUGGGAAGCUUGGGCCUGUCUCUGUUCAUCUUCCACUCAUUUAAGGCAAAAGACACGUGUUGAACGUGUCAUCGGCUUUGUGCUUGCAGUAUGGGGGAUAUUGUUCUACUCUAGGUUGUUGAGCACAAUGACGGAAGAAUUCAGAAAUAACAUGCAAAGACUCAGGGAAGGAGCACAAGUCCAAGUCUUGGAGGCGGAUCAUAUCAUUAUCUGUGGGAUUAAUAGCCACCUCGCCUUUGUACUAAAACAGCUAAAUAAGUACCAUGAAUUUGCUGUCCGCCUAGGUACUGCCACUGCAAGGAGGCAGAGAAUUCUUCUCAUGUCUGACGCUCCAAGGAAGCAAAUGGACCGCCUAGCUGACAAUAUUGCUAAAGAUCUUAAACAUAUUGAUAUCCUCACUAAAAGUUGCAGCCCUAGCCUCACAAAGUCAUUUGAAAGGUGUGCAGCUGACAAGGCCCGUGCCAUCAUUAUACUUUCACCAAAAGGUGAUAGGUAUGAGGUUGAUACCAAUGCAUUCCUGUCAGUGCUAGCCCUUCAGCCUAUUGCAAACAUGGAAUCUAUCCCCACUGUGGUUGAGGUUUCCAACUCAACUACUUGUGAUCUCCUGAAGUCAAUUUCUGGAUUGAAAGUAGAGCCAGUGGAAAAUGUUGCAUCAAAACUGUUCGUUCAAUGCUCUAGGCAGAAGGGGCUUAUAAAGAUCUACAGACACUUGCUCAAUUACCGAAAAAACGUAUUCAACCUUUGCAGUUUACCUACUCUAGAAGGAGUUAGUUAUAGGCAAGUAAGACGUUACUUGCAAGAGGUUGUUGUUUGUGGUCUUUAUCGAGACGGGAAGCUGUACUUUCAUCCCAAUGAUGAGGAAAUCCUACUGCAAACCGAUAAAAUUUUGUUCAUAGGACCUGUUCAUGGCAGAAAGAGGCCACAGAUUGCAGAUUCUGAAGUUCUGAAAGAACAAACUGCUAGUAAAAGUCUGGAAGUUAUGGAAGAGGAUGGUGAUAACUCGAAUCAUGCUGUGGAGUUGAUGAAAACAAGACUCAAGAAUACCGUAAAACGUCCCACUAAAUCAGGGUCAAAGGCAUCCGACUUGACACUUGGGCCAACAGAAUCUAUUCUCUUACUUGGCUGGCGCCCGGACGUCAUUGAAAUGAUUAAGGAGUAUGACAACUAUCUUGGUCCUGGGAGCACACUGGAGAUACUAUCAGAGGUACCAUUAGACGAGAGGAUGAGGGCAAGUAAUAUUCUUAAGCUAAUGCCUGGAACACUCAACCAUGUCAAGGUCUCCCAUAGGGUUGGAAACCCCAUGGACUUUGACACAUUAAAAGAAACCAUAACCAAUAUCCAAAAAUAUUAUAAGCAAGGGAAAAGUGGUCCAUUGUCAAUUGUUGUGAUUUCUGAUAGGGGAUGGCUUGCUGGAGAUGCAUCCAGGGCAGACAAGCAAUCUGCCUUUUCUCUUCUCCUUGCUGAAAGAAUCUGCAAUAAACUCGGGGUUAAGGUACAAAAUCUCGUAGCGGAGAUUGUCGACUCAAAGUUAGGCAAACAAAUUACCAGAAUAAAGCCUUCGUUAAACUAUAUAGCAGCGGAGGAAGUGAUGAGCCUUGUCACAGCCCAAGUGACGCAGAGCAAUGAACUAAAUGAUGUGUGGAAAGACAUUCUGAACGCGGAGGGGGAUGAAAUAUACAUCAAGGAUAUAAGCCUUUACAUGAAAGAAGGUGAGAAUCCUUCAUUUGCUGAGCUCGCUGAAAGGGCACGGUUGAGGCGGGAGGUUGCCAUUGGAUACCUUAGAGGCAACAAGAAGGUCAUUAACCCGAUUCCGAAAUCACAACCGCUCUUCGUGGCACUGACGGACUCAUUGAUAGUCAUAUCGGAGCUCGAAGGAGAACAACCUAUCGUAGUGUAG